CCGAGUAUAUAUUCAGCGCCGGGAAUUUCCGACCCUCAUCUGUGUCUUAACUCAACGAUGUUUAACAUGAAAGAUAUCUGCUCUCCAAAAAAUAGAAACACCGUGAAGCCCAGGCAGUUGAGAAAGCGUCUAAGUAAACGAAAGAGGAUUUGUAGGGGCAAGCUGCCGACUCAUCGCCAGACGUGAUAAUCAGCAGUGGGACAAUGACCGCAGAGUCGAUAGCAUUCCCCUCAUACCCCCCGGGGCAGGGGCCUCUGUACGGGGCUGAGCUGGAGGCCUGGUACGAGGACCUGCAGGACAUCCUGUACUCUGACACCUUCAAGUGCAGCCCACUGCCGGAAUGCACACAGAAGGAGCCAGAAUUCCUAGAUGUCCUGGAAACCUGCUCCCUCUCCUGGCUGUCCGGCGGUGGGGAGGAUGCUGGUACGGAGGUGGCAGAUUUCAGUGUGGAGGCCCCCAAACAGCAGAGCGUGCUGGGCGAUCUCUUCCUGCCUGAAUUCUACGAGCUGCUGGGUGCGGAUGGGGAGGACCACCAGCAGCAAGAACCAGAGCCAGAGAGCAGCUUCACUGUGUCCUCCAGCGAAGAAGAGGCCUGGACUGCUGAAUCUGCCCCCAGCAGCCCUUUCAAACCCAGCCACCAUCCGAGCCCCGGCAACGAAUUGAUGAGCUCCGUCCCGAGCCAGGGGACGAAACGCAAGAAGAGCGGAAGCCCAGCCAGGAACGAGGAGAGCAGCUGCAAGAAGAGCAGGAAGUACAAGGAUCUGGAGAACGAGAAGAAGGUAACAGAGCUGAGAGAGCAGAACGAGAGGCUGAAGAAGGAGAUCGACAGGCUGAGCGAAGAGGUGCAGAGGACCCGGAGAGCACUAAUCGACAAACUUGUGAACGUGAAAAAAUCCUGAAUUAAAAAAUGUACAAAGGUUUACUGAAGCCUCUUAGGGAGGUUUGUAUUGGCCCCUUUGCUAGCAUUAUCGGCUACUGUUCUAGCAGUUGUGUCCCUGUAAGGACAAUAGCCUGUUCAAUGCCUGCAACCGUCUGUCCCGACUAUUUGAUUAGCUUGUGGGCAAUGCGAUCUGUGUGGUCACUGCAGUCAGAAUUCAAAUGUGCAGUAGCACUUAAUAGGUCUGUGGUAGUGGCUUGCAAACUAGAUUGCAUUUUUGCCCAGAUCUUUUUUUUAAAUCCAGGAUUUUGAAUACAGUAAAACUUCUUUUAACGUGAAUCUAAAAUUAUUUGACAGAAUUUGCUUUCGUUCACAUAGCCAAUGUAACAUCAAAGGCUGGUUUCCCAGACCCUGAUUAGCACCAAUCUUGGACUACCUGAUAUUAUAGGUCCAGUAAUCUUGAGUGUUUUGAGUUCCCAAAGCUUUAGUAAAGGAAGUUUUACUGUAUCAGUGUUUACUCCUUUGUGCCCUAUUGAUCCAAGCGAUAUUGACAGGUCCAAGCACAGCUCCACUCAAAUCAUUUGACUGGUCAGGAGUAGGUUAUGAAAUGGAAGGGGAAAUGGAAUUUAAAAACUAGAAGGUUGUGAAAGGUUACUGGGUGGUAUGAUAAUAAAUCAUAUAUGUACAUAGACGUGUAUUGCUAUAAAGUUUACUUAAGCCAUAUUGAAUUUUCUAGAAGACGUCCAGUUCACAUUCUUCCCAAUGUGGAACUGCUGUUUCACACUUGAAUUGUUUCUUCAAUUUUGAGUUGAAGAACUUUAAUGGAAUUUAAUUCUAGAUGUCUAGAUUGUGGCCUUGCAGUGCUCCCAUUUCUCCAGUAGGGGGUGCCAGUAAGCCACAAUUGUAGGCUUCCACCACAUCAUUCUAAAUCAUGGUAUACAGUCCUGAAUAAUGGCUUUCAAUUGUUAGUCCUAAAAUAUGAAUCCUUUAUUGGCUAAUUUAAUAGUUGAAUUUUUUAUUUUUUUUUACUGCAUGCAAAGUGUAACGUACUGUACACACCAACGAUGUUUAGUGUAUUUUAUUAUGUAAAGGUAACGUUGGUAUUUUAAUCUAUUUUAAUCUCUUUAUGUAUGCAUGCAUAUAUUGUGUUCUAGUUUGGUAUACACUGUAACAUGCUUGUUUAUUUUAAUAAAAAUAUGUUUGACAGUC